CUCCAAACUCCAAACCAUGAUUCUUGAUGUUUUAGCACGUCAUUGAAUUAGAGACAGGCAACGAACUUCUUUAUCGCAUUUUCCACUCUGCGACUCUACCCAAUACUCCCUAAUAUCAUAGCCCUUCAUCAUGGUUCAGAUCAGUGAGGUUAAGGGCAAUACCCGCGACAGCAGAACAGCAGCGCACACCCAUAUCAAAGGUCUUGGUCUGCGCCAAGAUGGCACAGCAGAGCGACAAGCUGGUGGCUUUGUGGGCCAAGUUGCUGCUCGAGAGGCUUGCGGUGUCGUUGUCGACUUGAUUCGAGCCCAGAAGAUGGCUGGCAGAGCCAUAUUGUUAGCAGGUGGACCAGGGACUGGAAAGACAGCUCUUGCACUGGCAGUCAGUCAAGAAUUAGGCACAAAGGUUCCCUUCUGCCCCAUCACUGGCAGCGAAAUAUACUCGGCCGAGGUCAAGAAGACGGAGGCGCUUAUGGAGAACUUUCGAAGAGCUAUCGGUCUCAAAGUUCGAGAGACAAAGGAGGUUUACGAAGGCGAGGUCACAGAACUUACACCAGAGGAGGCAGAGAAUCCUUUGGGCAGCUACGGCAAGACUAUCAGUACAUUGCUCAUCGGGCUGAAGAGUGCGAAAGGACAAAAGAAGCUCCGAUUAGAUCCCAGCAUCUAUGAAGCUAUCCAAAAGGAGAGAGUCACUGUCGGAGAUGUCAUCUAUAUUGAAGCAAAUACCGGUGCAUGCAAGCGUGUUGGUAGAUCCGAUGCAUAUGCAACAGAAUUCGAUUUAGAGGCCGAGGAAUACGUACCAAUACCCAAGGGGGAAGUACACAAGAAGAAGGAAAUCGUUCAAGACGUCACAUUACAUGAUCUGGACAUUGCAAACGCAAGACCGCAGGGAGGGCAGGAUAUCAUGAGCAUGAUGGGUCAACUGAUGAAGCCAAAAAUGACCGAGAUUACCGAGAAGCUACGGGGAGAAAUCAACAAGGUCGUCAGCAAGUAUAUUGAUCAAGGUGUGGCAGAACUGGUUCCUGGUGUUCUGUUUAUCGACGAAUGCCAUAUGCUUGAUAUUGAGUGCUUCACGUACCUAAACAAAGCACUCGAAUCUAGCAUCUCACCGAUUGUCAUUCUUGCUUCAAACAGAGGCAUGUGCACAAUCCGCGGUACCGAAGAUCUGGUUUCUGCGCACGGAAUCCCCCCUGAUCUUCUUGCACGUCUCCUGAUCGUCCCUACGCAUGCUUAUGAGCCGGAAGAGAUCAAGCGAAUCGUUCGGAUCCGCGUGACCGUAGAAGGUCUUGCGAUCACGGAAGCUGCGUUGGACAAGAUUGCAGAACACGGUUCGCGAAUUAGCUUGAGGUAUGCUCUGCAGCUCCUUAUGCCUUCCAGCAUUCUUGCGCGAGUAAGCGGUCGCAACCAGAUUGAUGUCAUGGAUGUGGGUGAGUGCGAGGAUCUGUUCAUCGACGCUCGGCGCAGUGCAGCAAUCGUGAACGGUGAGACAGGCAAUGGAUUCAUCUCCUAGGCGAACGCAUUACGGGCAUCAGCUUUCUAUGGAACGGAUCCUGGUUCUUGGGAACUUGGUUCGGUUAUGGCGUUGAGGAAUGUCUCGGAGCGUUUGUCUUUGGGAGGUAAGAGUGACAGGGGCAGAUCCGAAAGCAGCGAUGCAACAGGCGAGCUCAAUCUCUAGAAAUGUACGAGUAUCAAAAGUUGGAGUUCAAUAAUCAAUCAGCAUACUGAUUUGUUUGCUUUGCCCAAGAAUAUGCUUUCAUUAUGGGGUUUCUUUGGCUACUAAGCAAGGCGGAGGUCUUAUUAUCACUGCGAACGGACAACUUGGACAAAGAAAGUCGUCUGCGAAUCUGCGCUCAAGACGGCUCUCCCGAGACAACAAAGGCACUACGCCUGCAAAAAUAGCCCAACAGGAUCCUGGGUAUAGGGGAGUUGACAGGCAAGAUCAUUGUUUUCCUACUCAUCAAUGGAC